AUUUCGACUUGGUGCUGUCCACCCUGUAUUAAGUACCCACUUGCCCGUGCGCUUUUGGAUAUCCCUACAAGAUUUAAUACGACCAUCUACCCUUCGCAACCUUCGCGACCACUCUGCAACCGGUUGCACCUUCAGAUUCUGCCAUACGUAUUGUGCCGUCCGGUCCUCCGAGUCCUGGACGCAGUAAUUUAUCUUCAUCACGGCUACCAUAUCCCACACUGCGCGGGAUAACCUCAGCCUGCCUCCGCACCUGCUCGGAAUGCAACAGCACGAGAGUGCCUCAACUGCCCCGAACGGUCCCCGUCUUCAGACGAGUUUUCAGAGACAGAUGAACGGAAUGAACGGAGGCCACCACGGCUUCUCGCAUGGAGCAUUCGCUACGAACCAGCCAGGCUACGCCGACAGGCAUCCCGAGAGGUCGAACAACAUGUCUAUCAACACUGGAAGGCUUGGAAUGGGCAAUCAGAAUGGCCAUGAUUUGCAGACUCCUGGCACCGGUUACGACAUGAACUUUACCCCUUUGCUGCCUUCGCAGCUGCUCCUGGGUAGCCCUUUCCAACCCGGCUCUCCUUCAGCCUUCAAUUCGCCGCAAUUCCAGAACUUUGCGGGCUUUGCCGGCCAGAACCACUCGCAGCAGCAGAACCACCAGUCUAACCAGGUCGGCAGCCCCUUGCAGCAACCCCUUUCGCCCCAGCUGUACCAGACCCUUGUAUCUCCUACGAGCAUGAACGGCCCUGGUUUCUUUGCCGGCCCGCAGUCCCCGACCGGAGGAUACCCCGGGUACGGUGGGCAAGGUCUUGGCGGGCUCGGUCACUCCAUGUCGAUUGCCCCUGGACUUGUCUCCGGUACCAGCAGGACAGUCUAUCUGGGAAACAUUCCUCCUGAGACAUCGGCAGAGGAGAUUCUUGGUCAUGUAAGAAGUGGACAAAUCGAGUCCGUCAGGUUGCUGCCAGAUAAGAACUGCGCCUUCAUUUCUUUCCUGGACAGCAGCUCAGCAACCCACUUCCACUCGGAUGCAAUCUUGAAAAAGUUGUCGAUCCGGGGUCAGGAUAUCAAGAUUGGGUGGGGGAAGCCGUCGCAAGUGCCAACUUCAGUUGCGCUAGCUGUGCAACAGUCAGGGGCUUCCCGAAAUGUCUACCUUGGCAAUUUGCCAGAAGACGCUUCAGAGGAAGAGCUUCGCGAGGACUUGAGCAAAUUCGGCCCCAUUGACACCGUCAAGAUCGUUCGGGAGAAGGCGAUCGGUUUCGUCCACUUCCUGUCGAUUGGAAAUGCGAUCAAGGCUGUUGCACAGCUCCCCCAGGAGCCCAAGUGGCAAGCCCCCAGACGUGUCUACUAUGGCAAGGACAGAUGCGCGUAUGUUUCUAAAACUCAGCAACAGAACGCUGCGCAGUACCUUGGCAUCGCGCCUGGGUAUGCCCAUGUCUUGAACGGUGCUGACCGUGACAUGAUCUCCAAUGCUCUUGCUCAGCAGUCUGUUGCUGCCGCGGCUGUUGCAACAUCUGCCGGUGGCGUCAACAACCUGGGCAACCGCACUGUCUACCUUGGGAAUAUCCACCCUGAAACUACUAUCGAAGAGAUUUGCAACGUGGUUCGAGGUGGUCUUCUCCACCAUAUCAGGUACAUCCCUGACAAGCAUAUCUGCUUCGUCACUUUCAUCGACCCUACUUCUGCUGCGUCUUUCUACGCUCUCAGCAACCUCCAGGGACUGAUGAUUCACAACCGUCGCUUGAAGAUCGGAUGGGGCAAGCACUCUGGUGCUCUGCCCCCUGCUAUUGCGUUGGCUGUUAGUGGUGGCGCUUCGCGAAAUGUGUACAUCGGUAAUCUCGACGAAUCCUGGACAGAAGAACGUUUGAGGCAGGACUUCUCCGAGUACGGUGAGAUCGAGCUGGUCAACACACUUCGCGAGAAGAGCUGCGCUUUUGUCAACUUUACCAACAUUGCCAACGCGAUCAAGGCCAUCGAAGCUAUUCGGGGGCGCGAGGAGUAUAAGCGAUUCAAGGUCAACUUUGGAAAGGAUCGCUGCGGCAACCCACCCCGCCAGAUGAGCAACAACCCAGCUCAUGCCCAGCAAAGUGGCAGUGAUGGUCUUCAAUCUCCGUCGCCUCUCAAUGGAAUGCAUCCCAAUCGUGGAAGCGGCCCCUCUCCGACUGGAUCUGGUGCUCCUGGCUCCGGCGGUAGCGCUAACGGACACUUUGCUUCCAUGCAAGCGCCAGCGCCAGCGCCAGCGAACAUCCUGAACACUGGCAACAACAACCCGUUGAUGAUGUAUCUCCAGGCUCAGCAACAGCAGCAGCAACAGCAAGCCGAAGUGAACCUCCAGCAGCAACAACAACAGCAGCAGCAGCAAAAUCAGCAGCAACAACAGUCUUUCCAAUCUCCACAAGCCGCCUUCUACGGUGCUGAUCUAAAUUCCAUGUCGCAGCCGCAUCACUCGCACGCAUCGCACAACAGCACAUCAAGCUUCAGCCUCAUCAACGGCACCUCAAGUGGCUCUGGUGCCACUACCGUCGGUGGUCUCCUCGCCCCUUCGAACCUGAACGCUCGUGCGCAGCACUCACGUGCCGUCAGCCUUCCGGCCUUCACCCAGGGCCCAUUCUCGCACGCGGUUCAGCAGACUCAAACGCCACAACAGGGCUCUUUCGGCAGCCUAAGCUCUGGUAUCGGUGGCUUUGGCAGCGGAAACGGCGGCUACGGCCUUGCGAUCGAUGGCGGUCUUCCCGGAUGGGCUGAGGAGGAAGUUGGUGCGCAGUAAUCGACCUGCGCAUAGGUUCAACCUUUUCCGCUUUUCAUGUGCGAUAUUUUUUAUUUGCCUGCGCCUACCAUAUUCUUGUUUUGGUUUAAUCCACAUCAUUUGUUUGAAUCAUGCCAUUUUCUUUUUGUUUGGAUCUAGGGGCUGGAAUAGGGUAUUGGCGUCUGUAUGUUUGUACACACCUUGUUGUCUGGUACUCGGUUAUCUUUUUCUAAUUUGAACAUGGAUGAGGACUGGGGCUCAUUUCACUCGCUUGUUUGCUCUAAUACUUGAUCUUCUGCACCCUGUUAUGUUUUGUUUGCUUUCUUUUUCCGAUGAGUGGCUUGCUCGGGACUAGGGAAACGGCUUGUGGGUUGUCAUGCUUGAUACCUGUAGGGAAUGAACGUAGAUGGGAUGCAUGGAUAGAU